AAACACACACACACACACACUUCAGCUGGACUCCACCCUGGUUCUCACUCUUCCAGGAAAUGUUCUGGUUAUCUCUAGCUGCAGCUUCACACACACCCACACACACACACGGGGACAGGCGUGAGGACAGAGGACAGCUGCUGGACACGCUGACAGUGUUGUCCGCGUCUCUCCGUGUUUGGUGGAGUUUGUAGUUUUUGGAAGCAGAAGGGCGUGGCUGUGGCUGACGACAGGAAGCUCUGACAUUUUGGGUAACAGAGCGACGAAAGUGCUUGUUGCGUUCACACCUCACUCUCGACAUCAUGUCCAGGUCAGACUACCCUCCAGGGUAUGAUGACUCUCGUGGCCCGCUGUACACACCUCAGGACGGGCCUUACCCACCUCCCCCUGCCUAUGGCUUUCCAGCUUAUGGUGGUUUCCAGCCAGGCCAGCCGUCUGCUCCCUACCCCGCUGGACCAAACGCUCCUAUGUACCCAGGCCAGCCAGCAGGCUACCCUCCUGGCCCAUACCCGGGACAACCUCACCACGCUGGGCCUCCAGGGGCAGGCUACCCCAGGCCACCUCCCAUGCCCCCUAUUAUGCCACCUACCAUGCCAUCAGAUGUCCUGAGCUCUGGUGAUGGUUUUGCAGCGCGCGACAGCGACUGGGACAGUCUGACUAUUCGGCAUGCCUUCAUCAGAAAGGUGUAUUUGGUUUUGGCGGCUCAGCUCCUCGUCACCACAGCCAUCGUGGCUAUAUUCACCUUUGUUGACUCUGUCAAAUUGUUCAUACAGCAAAACCAAGCUCUCUACUGGACAGCAUACGGUAUAUAUAUCGUCGUCCACCUUGUACUGGUCUGCUGUAAAGGCCCCAGGAGGAAGUUCCCAUGGAACGUCAUCCUGCUGCUCAUCUUUACACUAGCUUUGUCCUACUUGACUGGAACCAUAUCCAGUUACUAUAACACAAAAGUAGUGUUUCUCGCAAUGGGGAUCACCGCUGUUGUCUGCAUUGCCGUGACCAUAUUCUGCUUCCAGACAAAGGUCGACUUCACCAAGUGUCAGGGUCUCUUCUGUGUCCUGGGGAUCGUAGUAUUUGUCACCGGCAUCAUCACAACCAUCGUGCUGUCCUUCAAAUACAUUCCAUGGCUUCACAUGCUUUAUGCAGCUUUCGGAGCCAUAGCCUUCACUUUGUUCCUAGCUUACCACACACAGCUGCUGAUCGGCAACAGAAAACACUCCAUCAGUCCAGAGGAAUACGUGUUCGCUGCUCUCUCUCUCUACGUCGACAUUGUCCAGAUCUUCCUCUUCCUGCUGCAGAUUAUUGGCGCUUCGACCAAAUAAGUCCACGAGGGCGUCACCGUGCAAACAAGCAUCCAGCUGCAAAACCAUUCCAUGCUUUUUCAAACCUCUGCUUGUUUUCACUCAGAAUCAGAACACAUGUAUGAAGUCAUGGUGCACUUCAGGGAACAGGAAAGGUUGAAUUUUAGAGUUUGUCAUAGUGUAGGUUCAUCAUAUGCACAAAAAAAUGCACUUUUUUUUCUGAAAUCGGUAUUUGUCUGAAUCUGCAUAAACAACUUACUAGUGGUUAGCCAAUAAUAUUAAUACUACAGUAUAAUUACCUGUUGACAUUGGAAGCUGCAACGUUUAUUUAUCCUUGCUGGACUUCAGUUAAUUCGAUCGGUGACAUUUUUCUCUCCAUGAACACGUACUACUCCUUAUAAGCUGUUAUCUAUUCUGUAUAAAAUGUUGAGAGGUUUGUUCUAAUUUUCAGUCUGAUUUGCCAACUUCGAGGCUGUCUCUGUCUUACAGGCGGAUGUACAGCAGGGGGGGGGGCAUUAUCCAAAAAACUGCUUCUUUUCUAAACCAAGUAACCGGGCCAGGAUUGUUAUAUCCAUACAGACUUUGAAUUAUUCAUAUUAAUUAUUAAAAGUAACAAAUGUAGACAUGUGCCCUGAUUUGUGACAUGAAUUUAUAAUUAAUAGGCUGCAUAUGUUUCACUAACCAUGGGAUAAUGUGCCAAAUGUUAAUAGUUUAUACUGACUCUCUGUAAUUUAAAGGGAUAGUUCAGCAUGUUGGGAGGAAACCUUCUGCAGCCAGUAGACAUUUAGCUUGGCUUAGCAUAAAAAACGUAAAUAGAGGGAAACAGUUAGCCUGGCUCAGUCCGAUGAUGAGAAAAAAAUCAAUCUACCUGCAGCUCUAAUGCUCAAGAACUAAUGUGACACAUCUUUAGUUAAAUCUGUAUAUAAACUGUGUGUGUGUGGGGGGGGUUAUGUCUGACUAUAACAGGUUUCAGGAGUUCGGCAUAUGACCUCCUGAAAAUACAAAUGUAUAUUUUUACACCAACAUAUACAAGGUCUUUCCACCAGCGUCUCUGAAGUUUGUUUGUGUAAUUCAUGAUGUGUAUAUUAGUGUCAGAGGCUGGUAGGUGGAUUUCUUUUCCUUGGGAGAGAGCCAGGCUCAUGGUCUCCCUCUCUUCCAACCAUCAUUCUAUACUAAGCUAACUGCAAGUUGUGUCAUCUUCACAAAAUUAGCAUGUUUCUCAAAAAGUGUUAAUUAUAUACAUGUUAAAAGGCAAAAUUGGGUGAUAAAUCAAUGUUAAAUGUGAACUCUUUGACAACUCAAACAGAACCAAUGUUAUGUUUGGUAUUGAUCCUACUGACUCCAAAUGAUAAGCAAACACUUCCUAUUGGUUGUAUCAAUACUUUGGAGCUUAACAUGCCCACCCCUGAAGUACAGCUCAGUAAUGACACACUUGUUCUAAUGUUACAUUUACAUACAACAUCACUAGUGCCUUCACCACGACAACGUUUCAGGGUAUUACUUUUGUUUUACUUUAAGAAGUGCAGGGUUAUAUUCAAUAAGCUUUAAUAGUAUUGUUCCCUACUGUAUGUGCCUCUUCAUGUAUUAGUCAGAUUUUGGUCAGACGCUGAGUCAGCAGGGCGGGUCUUUCCACUGGAAAGAUCAAUCAUUGCCAUAGUGUUGAAUUACCGGAACACUAAUGAUGUUUGGGGCGUUCCAGCUAAAUUGGCACCAUGUCCACUAUCUCUGACAUGAUCCGCUCCAACCAGCUGGUCCUCCACACACACCCACACACCACUAGCUAAUGUUAAAUAUAACCCUCGACUCUAAAUUAACAAGGGAAACAUUUUGAGUGUGUGGCUGGGUUUGUAAAUAUGUCACAUCAGUGCUAAAGAAAAUCUGUUUGCUUUUUCGUAUUAAAUAAAACUGUUUUAUUUGA